UAAAUGGCGCCAUAAUGCAUAUCGCCUAAUAAACAACAUUUUGCCGUGCUACCCUUACCUGUAAUCCAMGAGUUGAAAAGAUCUUACCUGUCACGUGAUCGACGUUCCUAACAAGUUUUCAAAAUGGCGUCCACUGGUAAUGAGCCUUUGACUUUGGCACGAGACGUAAAUAGAGCGAUUGAACUGCUGCAGAAGCUUCAAGCUUCAGGAGAUAUACCACCGAAAAAACUUCAAGCUCUGCAAAAGGUUUUGGAGAGUGAAUUUUGUCAGGCAAUCAGAGAGGUAUAUGAACAUGUUUAUGAAACAGUGGAUAUUGAGGGUAGUCCAGAACUUAGGGCCCAAGCUACAGCUAAGGCCACCAUUGCAGCAUUUGCAGCAAGUGAAGGUCACGCCCAUCCAAGAGUUGUAGAACUGCCAAAGACUGAUGAAGGCCUUGGCUUCAAUGUUAUGGGAGGCAGAGAACAAAACUCACCUAUUUACAUUUCACGUAUCAUCCCUGCUGGUGUUGCAGACAGGCAUGGUGGUCUCAAACGAGGAGAUCAAUUAUUAUCUGUUAACGGAGUGAGUGUUGAAGGAGAAAACCAUGAAAGAGCUGUAGAUCUUCUGAAAGCUGCUCAAGGAAAAGUACGACUGGUAGUGAAGUACACACCAAAAUUGCUUGAAGAAAUGGAAGCUAGAUUCAACAGUCAACGUGGCUCAAAGAAAAGAUAAGAAAAGAAUCCCACAAUGGUUUCUACACCAAGAACCAAGGAACAUACAUGAACCAUAUAGAACUACUCACUUUACAAUAGCUAGGUCAUAAUAAAUUUAAAUUUCUGUGAAGUUUUUAAUACUUAAAAGUAUUAUAAAAGUUAUCUACAUAAUAAUUACAAASCAAUUAAUUAAGACUAAUUCACCCUUUUGUUGUAUGUUCAAUGUUUUGACAAAUUGAAAAUUAUCAAAAUCCACUGCGUUAUAGCACCCUCCUCCACAAGCAUCACUAAGAGUGAUGGUCAUCCUGUCUUUUUUUUUGUGAGCCAAGACGACCAUUACAAAGGAAGUCCAAAGGAGGACAAAAGAGUUGCCUGGGGAGGAGACUAGCAUUGUAAUGAGACCCAAAACUUUCAGUUGCAGCAGUACAUCAUACAGCUAUUUGAGGAAACACUGAAGAUAGUGUAUUCCAAGAUYGAAUUGCAGUAUUGCAGUUUAAAAGGAGUUUUUAUGGACCUUUCAGAGUGACAGUCAAGAAGUUCAAUAAGCCUUUUUCCAGUUCAAUGCAAGCGAUCGCUGCUUUAGUACACAACAGACUCACUCUGGAAGAAAACAAAAGAAAGAAAGCUCUAGAAAUUUGAAUCUUCACCGAUUUGAGGCUUGAGCUUGAACCUUCUGGGAAUACAGAAUUGGAGAAAAAGCAAAUUUAUAGGGCUGUUGUAAUGACAUUUUUUCGUGCUUUCUUUUUCUUUUAGUCAGGUCUUUGCGCAUGAGAGACUGUUGUCAACUAAAGCAGCGGUUGCUUGCUUUGAACAGGAAAAAGGCAUAUUUAGAGCAAUUACAUGUAAAUUUAGAUGAAUUACUAUUUUGUAAUGCACCUAACAAGAAGUUUAAUAACAACAAUGUAUUGCUGUCUUGGAAUAUACUAUCAUGCCACAUUCAGUAUAAUUUACUGCCGUAUUCAACGUUUCUGAAAGAGCUGUACUGAUACUGUAGCUAUUUUAAAAAGGUUGUCAGAUAAAAUCGCWUCGUUUUCCAAUGUAAACAUAGUCUGACAUCAUAAUGAAAUAGGGCAAUUCCCUUUCUAGACUAUUCCCAUUCUCACCAACUUUGUUUUUGAAAAUAAUAGGAGUACAUGUAUUCAGGAUAAUAAUUGAUUUAGUAAUAGUACUGUGUACAAAACAAUAUCUAAAAUUACUGACAAUAAAACCUUU